CCGCGUAAGGGUAUCUUUAGUGCUACAAAAACCCUAAGCGAUAUUUGUGUUUGUGUUUUUGUGUUGAGGGGCUGGAAAAUAGUAAUUGAAUUGUCUUAAAUUUUUUAAAAAAUGUCUUGUUGUUUACUAUUUUUACAGCUAGUAGCACCCCAAAUCUUAUGCCUAUGACUGCCAUGAUGAAAUUGGAUGGGACAAAUUAUCAGAAAUGGAAGAAAACCUUAGUUAUGAAUUUGACCUUCAUGAAAUUGGAUUUGGCUUUGGAGAUAGAUCCACCAGAGAUUCCGACUGAUGAGAGUACUGCAGCAGUUAAGAAACUUUAUGAGGAUUGGAAACACUCUAAUAAGUGCUGUAUGAUGAUGAUGGAGAAUUACAUGGAUGAGGCCAUAUAUGCUAGUAUUCCUAAAGUGGAUACCGCAAAGGGACUUCUUGAGGAGAUAGGAAAGAAGUUUAUCAAGUUUGAUAUGAAUGAGAAGCAUCAUUAUUUGGACCUAUUGAACAAUACCAAGUAUGAUGGUAUUAAAGGAGUAAGGGACCAUAUUAUGCUACUUUCUUCUUAUUAUAAUAAGCUGAAGGAUCUUAAGAUGGACAUUGGAGAGGAGUUCUUGACCUAUUCUAUAAUGAGGAGUCUUCCAUCCCAGUUUGAUAAUAUCAGGUCGAGUUUGAAUACUAAGAAAGAAGGUUGUAGUUUGGAGGAAUUGACUACUAUCCUUGUCAAGGAAGAGGAUGAUAUUAAAUUAAGUAAGUCUAGGUCUGUUGCUAUGGUUUCACAUCAGGUAGAUAAGUCCAAGAAGUUUUUCCAAAAGAAGGGACAAGGAUUCAAGCCAGGACAAGGUUUCAAGCCUGGGCAGGGUUUUAACCCCAAUAGGAAGAAGUUUUCUGGUAUGAAGCCUAAAGGACCUAGGGAUGGUGGUUUUCAGAUUAGAGAAAGGAAAGAGUACUUCAAUGGAAGGUGUGGAUACUGCAAUAAAGUUGGGCACAAGAAGAUAGACUGUUGGACCUUAAAGGGAAAGCAAGAGAAGAAAGGGGAUGAUAAGCCGAAGGGGCCCAACCAAUCUUGAGCAGCAUGUUUAUAUGGGAGAUAGCUCAAGAGUGAAGGUGGACAUUGUGGGAACAAUCAAGUUGAAGCUUGCCACUGGAUAUGUUUUGGAGUUGCAAGAAGUUUCUUAUGUACCUUCAAUAAGAAGAAACUUGUUAUCUAUUUCUGUUUUAGAUAGUCAAGGUUAUAGUUUUUUGUUUGGAAAUAACAAAGUUGAAUUAUUUAAGGAUGGCAAAGUUAUUGGUUUUGGAACUUUAUGUGGCAAUUUAUAUAAGCUUGAUUUAUUUAAUAAUGGUCUCGAUUUCUCUGUUAAUUCUAUUGUUGCUUCUAAACGCCCAAGAGUUAAUGACAAUUCCUCAAUGUUAUGGCAUAAACGUUUGGGACAUAUUUCUAGGCACAGGAUGGAAAGGUUAGUGAAGGAUGGGAUACUUCCUAAUCUUGAUUUCUCUGAUCUGUUGACUUGUGUUGAAUGUGUGAAAGGGAAGUUAACUGCCAAGGUAAGAAAUGAUAAGUUAGCUAGGUGUGGAGAUGUUUUGGAGUUAAUCCACACUGACAUAUGUGGACCUUUUACACCAAUUGCUUUGGGUGGUUAUAGAUAUUUUAUUACCUUCAUUGACGAUUACUCUCGUUAUGGACAUGUUGAGCUUAUUCGUGAGAAGUCAGAUUCUUUAGUUGCCUUUAAAGAGUUUAAGGUAAAGAUGGAGCUUCAAAAGAAUAAGAAAAUAAAAGCUGUAAGGUCUGAUAGAGGUGGUGAGUUUUAUGGUAGGUAUGAUGAAACUGGAAGGAACCCAGGGCCUUUCGCUAUUUAUUUGCGUGAGUGUGGCAUAGAUGCGCAAUAUACGAUGCCUGGUACACCUCAGCAAAAUGGCAUAGCUGAGAGAAGGAAUAGAACUUUGUUGGAUAUGGUGCGGUCUAUGUUGGCAAAUUCUAGGUUGCCAGAUUAUUUGUGGGGAGAGGCUUUAAGGACGGCAGCUUAUAUUUUGAAUCAAGUUCCAAGUAAGUCCGUUCCUAAGACACCUUUUGAGUUGUGGUCAGGAAGAAAGCCUAAUUUGCAUCAUUUUCGAAUAUGGGGUUGCAAAGCUGAAGUAAGGAUUUAUAAUCCCCAAAUUAAGAAGUUGGAUCCUAAAACCAUUAGUGGAUAUUUUGUUGGCUAUUGUAUAGGAUCUAGGGGUUCAAGAUUCUUUUGUCCUUCUCACACCACCAGGAUCGUGGAAUCAGACAGGGCCAUUUAUUUUGAAGAUGAUUUUGGGUUUGAUGAUAGUAAUGGUCCAAGGGAAUCUCAAUUUAGAGAAGAAAGUGUUUUCAUUCCCAGUAUAGUUGUUCCUGAUAGAGAUAUUGUUGAUCCAGUAGUUGAUGAACCAGU